CCCACUUGGAACAAGCCUGCGAUGACACACUUCUCCACUCACUCGUAUACAAACACGUCCACGGCCUCUCCCUGGCUCGGGUCCCCGCCACCGCUACUUCUUCCCCGGCUCAUGUAACGGCAUCCGACCGUGAGGGGAUCGAGGCGCACGGAGGAGCCUUCUGAAAACGCGUGGAUUUACCUGAAACGGCGAACAUGACGGAUGUUUAGACGCGUACAUGACAGCGGAGAGAGCUCGGAGGGCUAUUCUGUUCAGGACUGAGCGAACCAAAACUACGAUGGCACUGCGGACUGCGUUGCGCGCUUUGGUACUGCUCUAUUUGCACUGUUUCCUACACUGUAGCUCAUUCAACCUGGACGUGGACCAGCCUUUCGUGUUCUCCGGACCCCAAGGCAGCUACUUUGGCUUUUCUGUGGACUUUUUCAACCCCUCCAACUCUAAGUCGGAUGUUCUGAUCGGGGCUCCCAGGGCGAACACGUCUGGCUCCGGCUCGAUAGUGGAGAGAGGAGCCGUCUACAGCUGCCCCUGGCGCUCUGUCUCCUCCUGUCAACAGCUGCAGUUUGACACCACAGAUGACCGAAAGCACACAAAUGGAGCUCAGAUGGAGUUCAAGUCUAAACAGUGGUUUGGAGCGUCUGUGCGGUCGUUCGGAGAGCACAUCCUGGCCUGUGCUCCUCUGUACCAGUGGUCCACAUUUGGUGUUUCGGAGCGGGAGCCGGUCGGGACGUGUUAUCUGAAAAAAGGGCCGUCCAUCGUGGAAUAUUCUCCCUGCAGAUCACAGGCCAACACUCCUGAAGGGCAGGGCUUCUGUCAGGCCGGGUUCAGUGCAGACUUUGUGAAGAACAACAAAGUGGUGGUGGGAGGACCAGGCAGCUACUACUGGCAGGGUCAGCUGAUUUCCGACGACAUUACUGAGAUUUUCGGUCGAACCACCAAUGACUUCGUUAAACAAUACAGCAACACGAUGGCCACGCGGUCUGCAGGAGCCCAGUACGAUGACAGCUACCUGGGUUACUCUGUGACUGUGGCAGACUUCAAUGAUGAUGGACAAGACGAUUAUGUCACUGGUGUACCACGAGGAGACAAAGCACUGGGCUAUGUGAACAUCUUCAAUGGCCAAAACAUGGAGUCAGUGAAGAACUUUACAGGGACACAGAUGGCGGCCUAUUUUGGACACUCCGUAGCUGCUACUGAUAUUAAUGGAGACGGGUUGGUGGAUCUUUUCAUUGGAGCUCCUCUUUUCAUGGACCGAGGCUCGGAUGGGAAGCUGAGGGAGGUUGGACAGGUAACUGUGUUUUUGGGCAGCGGGGGCUUUUCAUUCCACCCUCCACAGCAGCUCACAGGGUCAGAGGUCUACGCUCGGUACGGCUCCUCCAUCGCUGCUCUGGGAGACUUGGACAAAGACGGCUUCAACGAUGUGGCGAUCUCUGCUCCGUACGGCGGCCCUGACCACACUGGACUCGUCUACAUCCACAACGGCCGCUCCCGAGGGCCUGACUCCUCCCCCUCCCAGGUCCUUCAGGGUAAAUGGGCGUCCAGUUACAUGCCUGCAAGUUUUGGAUACUCCAUGUCCGGAAACACAGACAUCGACGGGAACGGAUACCCAGAUUUAAUAGUUGGAGUUUUUGGAGCAGACAAAGCAGUUUUAUACAGAGCUCGUCCAGUGAUCAGUGUGAACGGCACCUUGGACCUGAAUCCACAGAUCAUAAACCCGGAGGAGAAGACCUGUGUGAUCCCAGACACCGGCACGUCUGUGUCCUGUUUCAAAGUGAAGUACUGUCUUAAGGCCAGGGGCAUCGGAGCUCCACCAUCGCUAACCUUUAAGGUGGACAUCACGUUGGACCGUUUGAAACAGAAAGAAGCUACAAAACGUGUUCUGUUCCUGCACAACAAAUCGUAUCAAUAUUCAAGAAAUAUUCCUGUUACAAAUAACGAAAAACUACCACUAAGCUGCGAAGAACUGGUGGUAUUCCUCAGAGAUGACCGUGAGUUCCGGGAUAAGAUCACUCCGAUCUCCGUGACGAUGGAGUAUUCCCUGGACUACAGUAGCGCCGCAGACUCGACCGGACUCCUGCCCAUCGUGGACAUGUCGGCGGCCUCUAACAUCACCAAACAGGCUCAUAUCCUGCUGGACUGUGGAGACGACAACAUCUGCAAACCGGACCUCAAACUCUCCGUCACGAGUGAGCCUCAGCAGAUCUACAUUGGUGACGACAAUGCUCUGACGUUAAAAGUGAGCGCAGAGAACCAGGGCGAGGGAGCGUACGAGGCCGAGCUGCACGUGUUUCCCCCACAUCAGGCAGACUUCACUGGGGUCGUCCGCAGCCAGACUCUGACCAGACUUUCCUGCGCCUAUAAGAAGGAGAACAACACCAAGAUGGUGGUGUGUGACCUGGGAAACCCCAUGAAAGGAGGAACCAAGGUUUUGGCCGAGUUGCGCUUUAGUGUUCACCAGCUCUCAGAGGAGGACACAUCGGUCAAAUUUGAUCUACAAGUCGUCAGCUCAAACCAGUUCAACAACACCAGCCCUCGAGUAUCCAGCACCACCAAACUGGCCGUGCUCGCUAAAGUGGCCAUCAGAGGGUCUUCAAAUCCAGGCCAGGUUCUGCUGCCCAUCCCGAACUGGAAACCCAGAGAGCCUCCUGUUGUCGGGGACGACAUCGGCCCUCAGAUCCUCCUGGUCUAUGAGUUGCUGAACAGUGGUCCCAGCACCUUCUCCAAAGCCUCUCUGAAGGUGGAGGUCCCGUUUCACUUCAAAAACGGCUCUGUGCUCUACGUCACCAGCUUCGACACCGAGGGGCCCAUCAACUGCACCACGGACACAGAGAUCAACCCACUCAACGUGUCGAAUCCAUUGACGCCAGAGAAAAAUGUGACUGGAAUUCCUCCCAGAGAAAGAGAGGCAGAGGGACGAAACCGAAACCACGUGCGAAAACGAGAUCUGGAGUCCAGAGAUGCACAGGGAGACAUACAAACUCUGGAUUGCACUACAUCUGAAUGCCUGUUUCUCAGAUGUCAAGUUGGGCGUCUAGAGAGAGGAAAGAACGCCAUUUUGUUUGUUUAUUCAAGACUGGAUGUAAAGAACUUCCUCCGGGUGGAAAAUCAGAACCGCUCUUAUGUGAUCCAGUCCAAAGCAUCCUUCAGCGUCAUAGAGAUCCCAUACAAGAAACUGGACUUUGAGCUGCCUUCAAACAGCACCACUGUGAGCGUCUCAGUGCUGUGGGUGGCGGACACAUCUCAGCCUGUGCCCGGGUGGGUGGUGGCUCUGGCUGUGCUCGCCGGGCUCCUGCUCCUCGCUCUGCUCAUCUUCAUCAUGUACAAGUUGGGAUUCUUUAAGCGAGUGCGCCCCCCUCAGGACGACUGUGCAGAGAAGGAGCAGCUGCAGCCGGAGGAGAACGGCAACAUGGACGGUUAACGGACAAUAGGUUUACACUGAGCGGAGUGGUCAGGUUUUGGCGCGGUAUGGCCUGGUUCGGCGUGGGUAUGGUACGGAUAAAUUCUGUGGCCUCUGCACCUUUUUUUUUUUACAAGUUUUCUCCGUUGUAUUAACCACUUUAACCACUGGCCAUGUGGUUAACAAAGUAGUGAAAGAAGCAGAUAUCCACACCUCACUGAAUAUUCAAACAGUCCUUCAAAAUGCCGUACCCUGUUUUUCUGUCGCCUUAUGGAAAAGAGAGAACGCAUUUGGAAUUCUUUUUUUAAAUUAAUUUACAAUCAUGGCUGCAGCAACUAAUCUGAUAAAUAGUUCAUAGAUUAUUUCGCAGAACCAGAAUAAAUGUAAUCAUUGAUAAUUGGCUUAACUUUACUAUACAAAAACUUGCCAAGAGCUGGAAAACCUACAGUUGGUAAAGUAAUUAAAUCAGAAAAAUAUACAAAUUUGAAUGUUAAGUUUCACAUUUUGAAAAAGAAAUCUUAAAAUUGUGUUAAUAUUUUCAUUCAUCUUUUUUUUUUUUUUUUCCUUUUUCUCCUUCUGGUUAAAAUUGUGUUUAAAACAAGUUUUGAAAUAUUAUUUGAGUUGAUUGCUGAAUUGGAUUUUUUUUUUUUGCAACUCUUACAUUAGAAGUUGAUGUGAAAUCACAUUCACUAAAGCACAUUUAACUUUUAGAAUUUUUUAGAUCAUGAGAAAAGUAGAAUUUCAUAAUGUACAGCCAAGAAACUUUUUUGCCAAUUAAUAUUUAUUGUAAAUACAAGAUUUAAGGUAAUUUUUGCACAAUCCACAAACUUCAAAUUGUUGCUCUGAAAGUCCUAAACUGCUGUUAAUAAUAGUUCUAACUAAAUGAGAUUAGGGGGCGGGAUAGGGGUGUGCUGAUCUUUUUAUUAUUUUAUUCUUAAGUUUGUAAAGUUAUCUAGUGCCAAUUUAAAUGCAGAAAAUAUUUUUGUUAAUCAUGACAUAUAUAGCAGUAUACGAAAUGUUUAUUAGAGCAAAUAUUAUCAGUGCCAAGCAAGUUUCUGUAUAUUUACAGAUUUAUUUCUAAAAACACUUCCAGUGCCAAAAUACGUGUACAAUUGUCUGCACAGUCACCGGGUUUGUAGACAAAAAAGGAGCAAGUACCGUUUCAAACAACCUAAGAAAGCAAGAUUUAAUCAGGUUUAAACUGGGUUGAAACCAGGUCUAAACCAGGACUAAACCAGGUCUAAACCGGGUCUAAACCAGGACUAAACCAGAUCUAAACCUGGUCUUAACCUGGACUAAACCAGUUCUAAAAUCAGGUCCAAACCAGGACUAAACCUGGUCUGAACCUGGUCUGAACCUGGACUAAACCAGGUCUAAAACCAGGUCUAAAACCAGGUCUAAAACCAGGUCUAAAACCAGGUCUAAAACCAGGUCUAAACCAGGUCUAAACCAGGUCUAAACUAGGACUAAACUAGGACUAAACCAGGUCUAAAACAGGUCUACACUAGGACUAAACCAAGAAUAAACCUGGUCUGAACCUGGACUAAACCAGUACUAAAACCAGGUCUAAACCAGGACUAAACCUGGUCUAAAACCUGGACUAAACUAGUUCUAAAACUAGGUCUAAACCAGGUCUAAACCUGGUCUUAACCUGGACUAAACCGGUUUUAAAACCAGUUCUAAACCAGGACUAAACCAAGGCAUUUCCUCUCAGAGCAAGUACUAGUUCUAGUACAUUUUCAAGUUGAUACGAAACCAAGACUGAAUAAAUACAAGAUCCUCUGAUUAAACCAGGUCUAAACCAGGUCUGAACCAGGUCUAAAGCAGGAUUGAACAGGACUACAUUAGCAGUACAGGUUUCUGCUCGCUCCUGUCUACUUCUCCAAACUGUGAUUGUGCUGACAAAUAUCUACUGUAUUUACAAUUAUGAUUCUACUCCAUGUAAAAAAACCUCAAUUAUUUUAACAGGUUUACUUUGUUUUGAUAAAUGUCUCAGAAUUGUGUGUCCCUUCCAUUUGCAUAUUACUGUACUGUUUAUUUUAUAACGUUUUGUUAGUUUAUUUUGGGGAACAGUAUCUUUAUUCUUAUGUUGCUUUAGGCUUUUCAUUUUUUGUUUUCAUUUUUCAGUUUAAUAUUUACAUGUGUGGGUCCAGUCUAUUUCAAAAAAUGUAUUAAAAGAAACAAUUGUAUUUUUCUUUGCACUGAAGAACCCCUCUUUAUUAUAUGCUUGCUGAAUACAAAACCACAUGAUCAGAAUUGUAUUGUACUAAAAUGAGUGUGGACUUAUAGAAAUCCAGCUGUACAUUUGCCCAUAUUGGGUUCACUGUUGUCUCUAUCCAUAGGUUUCAUUCACAUGAUUCCUUCCUGUUUUGUACAACCUUUCCGCAUUCAAAAGACAUCAUAUUUUGGCGAUGUUUCUCACUAACCCUGUUGACACUUUGCGGUGACAAAGGGGUGUUCUUCAUGUAUGUCUAUUGGUGGAAUGCUCAGUAGUUUCCAUGGUGACACAAUGCACACUUUAGCGAACACAGACAACAAAAAGUUUCAAGAUUGUCUGAAAACUCAAGAAAAGUGUCAUUUUAAGUGCAGUUCCAAUCAAGUCAGUUCUUUCUGGUCAAAUUGUGUUAAAAUAAAGCUCAGAUAAAAUUAUUACUUGAGUUACAGAGCUUCUAACGAGAGUAGUGCUUUCAGUUUCAGGGAAUGUUUUCAGAUUUUCGAUUGUGAUGAUGUUAUAAUCUCAGUUGGGGCAAGAGUCCUGAGUUUUUCCUAUUCAUUACAUUGUACUUAGAUUAUAAAUAUGACCUGUAGAAUGCUGUGACAUCAUCAGAAAACCAGCAAUGGCGUUCCAUGUUUAGAAUAGUCAAAUCUAGAGCUCAUUUUGUAACCUAAAACAAUGUAUGUAUGGAAAAUGCUCUUUCUUUUUAAGCAGUAAGUUUGCAAAGAAUACUUUGAUGACAGGUUUUGUAUUAUUACUAUUCUUAUUAAGGACUUGUAACAUUGGAGCUGAAAUAAACUGGUUUGUUCACACUG